AUGAAGAAGUUAAUAAGGUCAUGUAUUCUGCUUGUAGUUGUCAGUGUUUUUUUUCUAGGGGCAGGUGAAGCAUCAAAUUCCUCCACCGUGUCUAACGGUCAAGUUGAGAGAAUACACAGUACCUCACAGAUAAAUACAAUGAAUUCCGUGGACAAGGCUAAUGGCCUAAUAUUGGCAGAGCACGUCAGGAGGGUGACAAGAAGUACAAAUGGCGUUGCAACGCUAAACUGUAGUUGGCAAGGAGACUUCAAUAUCACACUAGCCAUAGAACAAGGAACUGGGUUUCAGGCUGAUCUUUGUUCGUGGGAAUGCUAUGGGGAAUCUAAUAGAGGAAACACGGAGAAAAGAAGCAGUUGUUUAGGCUCAGAACUGUCAUGUCCGCUGUGUUAUUGUGAUAGUGUGUGCUCCCUCUACAGAGACUGUUGUGGGGUUACGCCUGGGAAUGUGUCUAACAAUAAAACGGAUUCAUCUACACCUCAGCAAAGCUACAGCUGUUUCCACACAGACGACCUUACUGCUGUAUACAUCAUUGCUUCCUGUCCUGCAAGGGCUACGACUUCUGUGGGAAGUAUCGAAUCCUCGAACUUAAUCCAACAAUCAAGCCGGACUCAUUCUACUGCUAAGCUUCAGGCCUCCAUAUCAGAGGUGCAGUGCAAUACUUGUCUCUUCUCGCCAGAGCUGAUUCGUCUAAUAACUUCAGCAAAUACUGGCAACACUUACUGCAAUCACCACUGUCUCCACUGCACUGAAAGGCGAUAUGCCAACGAUACUGAUAUCGUGUGGAGAGAAAGGAAAUCUUGUACGACACAAAUGGUCAGCAACGAGGCCGGCCCAGCUAAUGAAAAUAACACAGGGUCCCAGGAUGUUUACUGUCCAACUGUAUAUGAACGACCUAAUAAUGUGAGCACCAGACAGUGUGACAGUCUGUUUCAUAGCAAAAUAGAAACCACUAGUGUAAACACUUGUCAGUCAGAACUGUUGGAAAGCCUGUGUAAUCUGAGCUCGGCAGUUGUUGAACAACUAGAACAGCUGUGUGAACUUUACAUCUCUCCGGUCUACACAGGGGACGUCAUUUAUCAGAAUAUCUUCUGUUACCUAUGCCAGGAAACUUGCCUACCUGUUGUUUGCUCCCCGGGCCGAGCAGUAGCAAACACAACCACCUCAUCAGAAAGUUACUGCAAGAUGGAGGACAGUCAACAUUCCAAAGAUUUAUACAAACUAUACGUGACUGUAUAUAUUCCACUGUUGAGUGAAUCCAGCAGCGGAAGAGGCAAGCAAGACUUCGACUCUGACAUAAUCACCAGUAAACAAGGUCAAAGCGAUGAGAGCAUGUGUAGUGACAGCCAGAGCCGCUUGUGCAUCGAUGAAAGAGAUGACACGUUAGAUGUUGCUACACAAAGUGAGGUAGACGAUUUAGUAAGCUCAUUAACUAAACAGUUCAAGGCUUUUUGUGGGGAAAUGGGAAAUAUUUACGGUGUUAACGAUUUACUCCAUCCAGAAGGCAGAACUGACAAGAAUCAGAAUAAAGAAGUCGUGUUGGAGAAGUCUGAACGUGGUUUUAGCCACUUCCCAACAGUGAGACGCAGAACCAUGUCUGAGGUAGAGCUUACAACUCUUGACAUUGACAGCGAUGGCAUACAGCAACCCGCCAACCACCGAGUAACGCCGGAAGAACAGACAGAUAAGAAAGUGAACCCAAUGACCUUUAAAGGAAAUCUCAUUAAUUCAUUGCAACGAUAUUUUGUGUCCGGCAUGACCAGUCUAGGAGUAGCAAAGUAUGCCUUUCAGCUCCACAGUGUUCAUGCUAACAAUAAGCGCUUUCAAAACAAACAAUCCGUAGAACAUUGGGAAGAUGUUUCUGAAUCCUUACGCUGUGAUUCUCAGUCUGCUAUGACAGCUAUUGUGCUGGCCAGGCUACCAUCUGCUGCUGACAGAGAUGUUUUUGAAAGUAACCUCCUACAUCACUUCAACGGGGCGAAGAACAUCACCAUGGACACAACGGUGGUGAAUGUAGAAAUGGUGUUAUCUAGCUCAGACAAGGUGUCCCUGAUUGCUGGUCAGCCAGUCUAUUACUUCAGCUCACUAAACAAGGAGUGUCAAGUUUUUACCCAACCAGACCAAUUGACCCAACGAUUUGGCGACGUUGCUUGUUUGGGUGACGAAUGUAGAAUUGUGCCAUUUAACCUUGUUUCUUCUUGCCCUUAUAUCACUCUCAACAUUUCAGACUUCAGCAUAUCUAAAGACUGUGAACUGACCAAGGAUGGCGUGACGUUGAGAAAAAGCCAGUAUAUACAAGGGAACGAGACAAUCGAUAUUUGCAUUGUAACGUUCAGAUCGAUAUUUAAGUACCAAACCGAUAUUCACAGCAAAGUAUCUUUGAUUUCUAUCAUCGAGAGUCUCUUGACCAUGACUUCUCUAAGCUUGUCUCUCGCCUGUCUCCUUCUGACUUUCAUCACGUACGUGACGUUUCCCACAUUGCGUUCUUUGCCAGGGAAGAACAACCUGAUCAUGGUCACUUUGCUAUUUAUUGCACAGCUUCUGGUUAUGCUGCACACGAUGCCUACAAAACACAGCACGGCGUGUGCCGCCAUGGGAGUUCUGCUGCAUUACUCAUGGCUAUUUACUGUCUUGUGGAUGUGUAUCUGCUCCUUUCACAUGUUUCAUGUGUUUGUGAUUCGGCGUGGUGUUCCCAGCUCUCGUAGAUCUGACACUUUCUACCUUACCCGUUAUAUUGUUACAUGUGGCUCCCUCGCUCUAUUCGUUGUUCUCUUUGUUGUGUUCAGCAAUGUUUACAUAUCUAACUACGGCAACAUAGGAUAUGGCGGGCAUGUCUGUUACCUCAACUCCAGUAUUCUGGUAGGUGUGGCUUUCCUGCUCCCACUGACAGUUGUUCUCUUGUUGAACUCGUUUUUCUUUUCCAUGACUGUCUACACAAUUUCUCGCAUUGGAGAUGUGAAGAAACAUUCUGGGCACGAUCGGAGAAACAUACACAUCUAUUUCAGACUGAGCUCCCUGACUGGUCUGUGUUGGAUUCUUGCUCUUCUAGCAGAGAUUCCCGGUCUCCGACCUCUGAGAUGUUUGUCCAUUCUUGUUAACGGCAGUCAAGGAGUAGCCAUCUUGCUUUCUUAUGUCUGUAACAGACGCGUGGCACGAAUGUGGCUUCACCUCUUGAAAUCCAGAAGUACAUGGCUCGACAAGAAGCCAGCAGACUCCAGCAGACAACUGACCUUGAGCACCAGUCUGUGA